AAAUAACUGAAAAUUUCCCUGAACAGUAGCUGCUUAAUGAAGUAAGCACCAUUAUACCAACAACGUCGGAAAGGAUUGGUAGAAAAAUUAAAUAUGGCAACAACUAAUAAUAACGCUCUGAAUUUACGUGACUCUAUUGAUAAUGAAGACUUAUGGGAAAUUGGCUCAACGGACAUGAGUUCGAUGGACGAUACCUCGAGUGAUUCUCUUGACCAAGAUGUUAUAGAAAACUGUUUGAAAUAUGAUCCAUAUAUAAAAAGACUUUACGCAGAGAUGCGAAAUAUAGGUGCUGGAGGAUUUGGGGCAGUUUAUGAAGCAAGACACAGACUGGACAAAACAAAAUGUGCACUUAAAAUUGUUUUGAUUGAUCAAAAAAAAUUUGAAACACGUGAAGUGGAAACUUUAGCUCUACUGGACCAUGUGAAUGUUCUCAGAUAUCAUGAAUCAUGGGUAACUGAUCUCCCUAAACCUAUCUCUUAUACUAAGGCAUUUGAGGGGGAUGAGGAGGAGGAGGAGGAGGAGGAGGAGGAAGAUUCUGAUAAUUUUGUUUGUUUUGAAGAAGAAGAUUCUUCAAGCAAAAAUAAUAAUGCCAUAGGUGGUUAUAGUAAGUCUACAUCUACAAGUAGUAAAGGUUUGGAGGAAAAAUAUGAUGCCUGCUUGGUUAUCAAAACUGAACUCUGCAACCCAGGGAAAACCCUUAAAACACUAAUUGAAUGUGGAGAAAUAUUUAAGAUGGAUGGUCGAGACAGGCAGAAGCUGUUUUUGGAUAUUGUAUUUGGUCUACAGUACAUACAUGACAACGGCUUCAUGCAUCGAGAUUUAAAACCUCCGAAUAUUUUCAUUAGCAAAGAGAAUCGAGCCAAGAUAGGGGAUUUUGGAUUUGCCAGAAAAUACAUAAUGUCUGAUGCAAAUGGAGCUUCUCCAACAUCUGAAAAGGACAGAGUUUGUUUCUCCAAAAAUUUAGGGACAUCUUAUUACAUUGCACCAGAAGUUGAGAACUCGACUGUUUAUGACAGAAAAGCGGACUUUUACAGUCUUGGAAUGAUACUCUUCGAGAUGUAUUAUAAGAUGGGUUCUGCAAUGGAAAGAGAUAAAAUAAUGAAUAAACUAAGAGAGCAGGACUUCAGUGAUUUGAAGAAUAUUUCCUGGAAUAUUCAGAGUGUUAUUCAAAGCCUUUUAAGUCAUGAGCCCUCCUCAAGAAUGGAAUUGGAAAUGGUUAUUGACAAGAUCAUGCAACCGUUGGAGCAUCAGCAAAGUGUUGAGAAGACCAAGGUUGGAGCACAACAGGUGAAUUCUCCAGACAUGGAAUACCCAGGACCUGCCAGGAAACUUUCCUUCCUACGACAAAUAAGUGAACCAUCUCCUGGUGCUACUAGUGAAAAACACCAACCAGUUCAGGCUACUGCGGAGGAAUUGACCAAAUUGACCCAUAGCUUAAAAAUCCGUGUCAACAAGAACAUCCAAUUUGACCGUGAGGAAGACGAUUAAGCUGAUAGUGUCAUGAUGAACUGAUUUUGGGACUGAGUGAGUCUAUGUUGAAUGAAUAUGCAAAGUUUCUUCAUUACAUAUGUAUAUUAGAUCAUGUUUUAAAAUAAUAUUUAAUUGCCCAUCUGCAAAAAAAAAAAACAAAAAAAAAAACAACCCACCACUCAUUGGGAACACCUUGAGUUUCCUGUAACUGUAAAAUUCUUGAUUUAUAAAAUUAUGGUUUCCAUGUUGUGAAUAUACCUGCAUUUACAGGUAGUGACAAUUAUGUUGAUUGUGGGGAUAAACUAUUAUGUACAUGUAAAUAAAAUCACAUUUUAUAUGUUAAAUUCAUUAAUGUACCUCUAUAUGUAUAAUAUAAAAUGACAUGCUUCUCAUUUUAAAAUUAUGAUACAUGUAAUUAAAUGCUUAGAUCAUUGCUUAAAAUGUAAAUUAAAUCAUGUUUUUAUCAUGUUUUUUUUUCAUGUUUGUGAAUAGACUGGUCAGAUUUUUUUUUUAUACUUUUUGAAAAAAAGUACAAAUCUGAUCAAAAUAUGCUAACAUAUUUCCAUGAGUUUAACAUUUAAGCUUUUUAAUCAUUGCUUUAACAAGCAUUGAUAUUCUGUUUUUCCAUGUUUGUUGAAUUAGCUAUUAGAUAGCUCAUGCAUAGAGAGUAAGUUUGAUUGAUCAAUAUAGGCUUUAAUCAUUAAACAUGGUAACAUACAUUAUAUAUUCUGUUUGCUUAUUUAAAUGUAAUUCUGAUAUUGAUUGAUUCUUGAAGUAUUGUAGUUUGUACAUGUAAAGAAUAAGUAUUGAUGUAAUAUAAUAUUAAACAUGGAUUUAUUUUAUUUAAUUGAUUGUUCUACCCUGCAUGUGAAAACCCACAUGCAUCACAGUUUAAGUAAUAUUUUCAAAACAACAUUAACAUUUAAAAUUAGCACAACUUCGUAUUGUAUAAUUAUAUAUUUUUACCUAUAUGCACCCUGUUCUGAAUUAUUAUGAUGUUUAAGUUGAUGAGUUGUGGAAUGUUUAUGACAUUUGUAAUAUAUUGAUUCAGUUGUCAUGUAAACUAAGUUUUGAUGACUUAUUAUUUAUUUUCAUUGACAAGCAAAUGUACCUGAGCCUUGUGUGUCAUAAGACAUAGUUCAGGUAGCUAAUGCAUACAUGUUUUUCUUACACAGCAAGUUAAUACUUGCAUUAUGUAAUUUAAUUAUUUAUUGACAUGGUACAUGUAUCAUUUACAUGUAGAGUACAGAAAGAUAGAUAUAAUUUUAUCUACAGCACUUCAUAUUAAUGUUAGAUAACUAUAAUUAUUUAUACAGGUGGUAUUUUGUGGAAUUGAAAAAUAUAUUUUUUAUAAAAAUGUUAAUAUUUCAAUAUUGUAGAAAAAUGUAUACAGCCAUAUAUAUUUGCAUUUAAACUUACUAUGCUCUUUACAUGUUUAUGCAUGUACUUAACAAUAUGUGUCUUGAUUUAUUUUUAAAAAAAUACGAUGAUAAGGAUAUGGUGGUGGUGUUAUAGAAUUAUUUUUUCAUAUAUUUUUUUAAAUUUAAUUUGAUCUACAAUAUAUAUGGAAGCAUGCAGUGAAAUCACUCUUUUCUGUUGUUUAAAACAAGUUGUAUUUGUAAUAGAUCUUGAAACAUUUUUAUUUAUUACUUGAUAACUGUUGGAUGUCAAUAUGUUUUUUUAAGGAUAUAUUAAUGUAAAAUUAUUUCCUUUUGUGGAUAGAACAAUGUGGAUCUAAAUAUUGAUAAGAAAUUUAAAUUUAUUUGAAAAACAAAUUUGGUCUUAAUAAACAAAAUUCAA